AUGUUUCAGUCAUUCACCGGAAGCUCUCGCCGUCCGAGGCAGGUCAACCUCAGCGGCCGUGCCAAUAAUCCGUUCGCUGCCUUCCCAGGAAGCUCACCCGGUCGAAAUACCCCUCAUGCUUCGAAUCCACAAAGUGCCGUCGCGAUCGCGCAACAAGAACGUCUUCAGAGACAGCGAGAUCGAGAGAAACAGAAUGCCGUCCGGGUUGUCCAGCGAGGGUGGCGGGGCUAUCGCAGCAGGAAAGCUACAUAUGGCAUGUGGAGGAUGGAGUGGGAUAACAAUGAAAGGAACAUGUCCGGGGCCACGGACUUGAUGGCGGCCAUCGAAGGCUCUGCAGAUGCUCCCGUCUUUGCCUCACACCCUCCUCCGCCAUAUGCAACCGCUGCCCAGUGCCUCACCCAACUCCGUCUGCUGGUUCAAUUUGUCUCAGCACGAAGGCACGAUGACGUUCUUCGGCUGGUAUACUUUGUUGGUGCCUUCGAACAGACACUUCGGACGCUGCACACGAUCGCAGCGGAGGGUGAAUGGACCAAGCUUCUGAAACGACUUGCCAAGUCAGUUCUCAAUGUGCUGCACUCAGCUCGAAACACUUCGGUCCCUGCCGCAGCUAUGGAGAUACUUUUACGAGCAAUGAUGUUUCUCACAGGGUUGAUGCCAAAGCAGAUGGCAACGCUCGCAGAGACGUACUACGGUACCAUGGCAUAUUUAACCACUAACAUGUCGAGUCUCCAUCGAUCUGAACAGACCAGUGGAGCAGAUAGACCAGUCGUUAAUCCCGAUCUUCUUCAGGAAGCUGUACUUGCCCUCCUCCGACCGAUUACCUCCGAGACUAUGUCUGCAUACGAGUCCUUUGCCGUUUCAUAUCUCACAAUUCCGAGCCUCGAGAGCUAUCUGGGUAAGAUGGAUGGACUUGCGGGGCAAAUAAAUUACAGAAUGCUAGCAUUGGCAAUCUCAGCACGCUUGGGAUCUACCACGCAAGGUGCUGGUAUCCUAGAAGACAUUCAGGCGCGCACUUGGUUGCUAUCGUACUUGAUAUACUUCCAACAACACACCUCUGGCACUCAGAACAGCUCACAUACCCCGGAGCUGGAGUUCGUGAUUGUGGUCUCUGAUCUUUUGACUUCAACGGCUGCCUUCCUUGUGCAAGGAUUCGAGGUGGAGGAAUCGACUGAGAUGGAUUCACCUCGAGGUGUGCGGCCCCUGCACCCCUUUAUCAAGGACCAAAUCAAUAGCCUUAUCAACCAGAGUAGCGUCACUGGUUUGCUUUCCCGUAUCCGAUCAUCCCCCCUGGCACAGACAGACUCGACAAGCGAAGACUCUGAGGCAUCGAAAGAAGCCAGAGUCCUUGCAAAAUACGCCCUGAAUCUACUGCGGAUCUUCCCCCGACGAGGUGAUGAUAUCCGUAUGUGGUUGUAUCUAGGCUCUGCUCCAUCCGGUGAACAGAUUUCUGGCCAGCCAGAUGCGAAGAUACCAGCUAUCAAAUACUUCUGGCAGGCGACUAGGUCUAGUCGCAUCUUCCAGAUCAUCAGCAGUGACUCCAUGAAGGUGCUCCCACUGUUACUGUUGCCACCGCAAUCCAAGGAAGCCACGGAAAUACCCCAAGACCAGCGCGAUCAAGAGUGGACGACCAUACUUCUAUUCCUUGAGCUGUAUACUUUUGUGCUGAAGGUUAUGGAUGACGAUGAGUUCUUCUCUAGCACGUCGUCCUUUACAUCCUCAGACAAUGCCAAGCUAUCGUGGACCAGGGAAAGCGCAUUGCCACUGCGCGACAUCAAAGACAUGACGGUGUUCUUGAAGAACCUUGCCUUCACACUCUAUUGGAAUGCGGUAGACUUGAGUGAGCCCGAAAUUGGACCGACGGGGGUGAGUUUGAGCAGUUAUUUCAAUAGUACCACACAGAAACCCGGCUUCUCAGAGCCGGUACCAAGCACGAAUGAUCUCGAAUCCAAACCUCAAAGCAACAAUCUUCCUGGAGUGACUGGAAUCCCGCUGGAAUAUUUCAAGGGCCUUGUAACGGGUCUUUUGCGAAUGUUGCACGAACGAGAUUCACGUCGAAAGUUCCUACCUAAGGAUCACUGGCUCAUGACUGGCCGCUUCGACAUGGAAGGUUUCAUUUCGGCCGUCGUCGGAGAGGAGGAGAGACGUCAUGAGUUCCAAGCCAGAGCCGAUGAUUCAGGCGAUCCUGACCUGGCGGAUGACGAUGCGAAUACGCCUUUUGGCCUUGCAGGGACCGGCCACGCUCAGCAAACCAUCCGCCUGGAGUCCUUGCGGCGGCAUCAACAGCGAGUUGCUCGAGGAAGGGUAUUGGCUGCCAUUGCACCCAGGCUAGAGAUUCUUCGAAACAUGCCAUUUUUCAUACCUUUUACCACUCGGGUCCAGAUCUUCCGUGAAUUCAUCUUCCAUGAUCAGCACCGCCGACGACAUGGAUUCGUUGAUCCUGAUUCCUGGCGUGCAUCUGUUGCUCAAGCCACCAUGGGCCAGAUGAUCAAUGGAAAUCCUGCUGUCCAAGAUGUGCUGGCUCGCCACCAGGCCGAAAUUCGACGUGAAAAUGUUUUUGAUGAUGCCCUUGCUCAAUUCUACCCUCUAGGGGAUGGUCUCAAGGAACCCAUACAGAUCAGUUUCAUUGAUCGAUUUGGUGCCAUGGAGGCUGGUAUUGACGGCGGUGGAGUGACCAAGGAAUUUCUCACUAGCAUUACCAGCGAGGCAUUCAAGACCGAGGACGACUUCAGUAUGUUUGCGGAGAACGAUCAGCAUCUCCUCUACCCCAAUCCCACAGCCGUCGAGCAGUGCAAGGAACGGCUGCGCCAGACUGGCGUAAGCGAGUCUAGUCUUAAAUGGUCCGAGCAAAUCCGAGAUCUUCUGCGUCGAUAUGAGUUCCUCGGCCGGGUCAUUGGCAAAUGUCUUUACGAGGGAAUUUUGGUGGAUGUCAACUUUGCACCAUUCUUCCUGCUGAAGUGGGCCUUGACUGGUGGCACUGGAUCGGCCAUGAAGGAAUCUUCCUACCGAGCAAAUCUGAAUGACCUGAAGGAUCUUGAUCAGGGAUUGUACCAAGGCCUGCUUCAACUGAAGAACUACCCCGGCGACGUGGAGGACUUCUCUCUGGACUUCACCGUGACUGACACCAUCCCUAUGCCCGGGUCGGCCAACCGUACUACGACGAGAGAGUUACGAUACAAUGGCUCCAAGACGCCCGUGACGAAUCAGAAUCGACUCGUCUACAUCUCGUAUAUUGCGCGGUAUCGAUUGCAGGUGCAGCCCUCCAUGCAGACCAACGCUUUCCUGCAAGGCCUUGGACAAAUCAUUCAGCCCGCUUGGCUGUCCAUGUUCAACCAAUCUGAAUUGCAGACAUUGGUCAGUGGCGAGACCGGCGAUAUCGAUGUCGAGGAUCUUCGGCGCAACACCCAGUAUGGUGGCGUGUAUACCAUUGGCGACGAUAACCAGGAACACCCCACUGUGCAGCUGUUCUGGAAGGUGAUGCAUGAGCUGAACAACGAAGAGCGACAGAAGGUGAUUCGAUUCGUCACCUCUACACCACGUGCUCCACUGCUCGGAUUCAGCCAUCUCAACCCGCGCUUCAGUAUUCGAGACUCCAGCGAGGACCAGGAACGACUUCCGAGUACGAGCACUUGUGUCAACCUGCUGAAGCUGCCCCGCUACGCCAAUGCUGAGACACUACGGAGCAAGCUACUGUAUGCAGCCCCCGUCAACGGCACCCCCGAGGCCACUGGCGCUCAGGAAGUCGCUGCUGCCCCCGAGACCCCCGCUGAGGGCGCUGCUGCCAACAACCAGCCCCACUCGGCUUCCCUCUAUGUCGGCGAGCUCGACCCCUCCGUGACCGAGGCUAUGCUCUACGAGCUCUUCUCCUCCAUCGGCCAGGUCGCUUCCAUCCGUGUCUGCCGUGAUGCCGUCACCCGCCGCUCCCUGGGCUAUGCCUACGUCAACUACAACAACACCGCUGAUGGUGAGCGCGCCCUCGAGGAUCUGAACUACACCCUCAUCAAGGGCAAGCCCUGCCGUAUCAUGUGGUCCCAGCGUGACCCCGCUCUGCGCAAGACUGGCCAGGGCAACGUUUUCAUCAAGAACCUGGACAACGCCAUUGACAACAAGGCCCUGCACGACACCUUUGCUGCCUUCGGCAAUAUUCUGAGCUGCAAGGUCGCUCAGGAUGAGUUCGGUAACUCCAAGGGCUACGGUUUCGUCCACUACGAGACCGCCGAGGCCGCCAACAACGCCAUCAAGCAUGUUAACGGCAUGCUGUUGAACGACAAGAAGGUCUUCGUCGGCCACCACAUCUCCAAGAAGGACCGCCAGAGCAAGUUCGAGGAGAUGAAGGCUAACUUCACCAACAUCUACGUCAAGAACCUCGACCAGGAGAUCUCCGAUGAGGAGUUCCGCGUCAUGUUCGAGAAGUUCGGUGAGAUCACCUCUGCCACCCUCAGCCACGACCAGGAGGGCAAGAGCCGUGGCUUCGGUUUCGUCAACUACUCCACCCACGAGAGCGCGCAGGCCGCCGUUGACGAGAUGAACGAGAAGGACAUCAAGUCUCAGAAGCUCUACGUUGGCCGUGCCCAGAAGAAGCACGAGCGUGAGGAGGAGCUCCGCAAGCAGUACGAGGCUGCUCGUCUGGAGAAGGCCUCCAAGUACCAGGGCGUCAACCUGUACGUUAAGAACCUGACUGAUGACGUCGAUGACGAGAAGCUCCGUGAGCUCUUCAGCUCUUACGGCACUAUCACCUCCGCCAAGGUUAUGCGCGACUCCGUCUCCGACCGUACCCCCUCCCCCGACUCUGAGAAGGAGGGUGAGGCCAAGGAGGAGGGCGAGAAGACCGAGGAGAAGGAGGAAGAGAAGAAGGAAGAGCAGGAGGAGACGAAGGAGGGUGAGGAGAAGGAGGGCGAGCAGGAGCAGGAGACUGAGAAGGGCGAGAAGAAGCUCCUUGGCAAGAGCAAGGGCUUCGGUUUCGUCUGCUUCUCCAGCCCCGAUGAGGCCUCCAAGGCUGUUACCGAGAUGAACCAGCGCAUGGUCAACGGCAAGCCCCUCUACGUCGCUCUCGCCCAGCGCAAGGAUGUCCGUCGCAGCCAGCUCGAGGCUAGCAUCCAGGCCCGCAACACCAUUCGCCAGCAGCAGGCCGCUGCCGCUGCCGGUAUGCCCCAGCCUUACAUGCAGCCCGCCGUCUUCUACCCUCCCGGCCAGCAGGGCUUCAUCCCCGGAGGCCAGCGUGGUGGUAUGCCUUUCCCUCCCCAGCCCGGUAUGGUCAUGGCUGGUAUCCCUGGUGGACGCCCCGGCCAGUACCCCGGUCCCUUCCCCGGUCAGCAGGGCGGCCGUGGCAUGGGCCCCAACCAGCAGAUUCCCGGUAACUUCCAGGGCAUGCCCAUGGGUAUGCAGGUCCCCGGCGGUAUGCCCAACGGUAUGGGCUACCCCAUGCAGCCUCAGUUCGGUCGUGGUGCUGGUGGCCGUGGUCAGGUUCCUGGACCUAUGGGUCAGGGCAUGCGCGGUGGUUUCCGUGGUCCCCCCGGCCAGAUGGGUCGUGGCCAGGGCCGUGGCCAGCCCGCCCCCGCCGGCUCUUACCUCCGCCCCCCUGCUCAGCAGAAGCAGAUGCUGGGUGAGGCUCUCUACCCCAAGAUCCAGGCUCAGCAGCCCGAGCUUGCCGGCAAGAUCACUGGUAUGCUCUUGGAGAUGGACAACACCGAGCUCCUUGGACUGCUCGAUGACGAAGAGGCCCUGCGCGCUAAGGUCGACGAGGCUCUCAAUGUCUAUGAUGAGUACAUGAAGAACAAGGGUACCGAUGGUGAGGCGGCCAGCGAGGCCAAGCCCCAGGAGGCCGCCAAGGAGGCUUCCUCGGAGGAGAACAAGUCUUAA